GGCGGCGGGGCGGAGGAAGGCAAAGAGACGGUGCUGGUUGUCUUCCUCGGGGGCGCUACCUUCUCAGAGAUCUCCGCCCUGCGGUUCAUCGAGCGCCGGCCGGGGUCCGGGGUACGGUUCCUGGCGCUGGCGUCAAAAGUGGUCAACGGGCGGACGCUGCUGGAGGGGUUUGUCGACCCAUUGGUCAGGGCGUACCCCGGUGGCGCGCGGGCGGCGGCGGCGAUUUAA